AGAUAGGGAGGCAUGGGAGAGAACCCACCGGUUUCGGUACGUAACGCUCAUAACAGCGACAAUGGUGCACCCCGUGGCGGAGGCCAACGAGAAGAGCCCCUUCGGCUCCCUCACCGCUGAUGAGUUCUAUGCUCAUCACUCGGUGAGUCAUGGCUCCGAGUUCAUCACUAACUCUCGGGGCCUCAAACUCUUCACCCAGUGGUGGACCCCGCUCCCUCCCACCCCCGUCCUCGGGAUCGUCGCCCUCGUCCAUGGCUUCACCGGCGAGUCCAGCUGGUUCGUCCAGCUCACCGCCGUUCACUUCACCAAGGCCGGAUUCGCCACUUGCGCCAUCGAUCACCAGGGCCACGGCUUCUCCGACGGCCUCUUCGCUCACAUCCCCGACAUUAACCCUGUCGUCGACGACUGCAUUUCUUUCUUCGACUCCUUCCGUUCCCGCUACGACUCUUCUCUCCCUUCCUUCCUCUACUCCGAGUCCCUAGGCGGCGCUAUCGCACUCCUAAUCAUCCUCCGCCGUCCAGAUUCGGUCGCUGCACCAUCCAAGCCAUGGGACGGGGUUAUCCUCAAUGGCGCCAUGUGCGGGAUUAGUGCAAAGUUCAAGCCACCGUGGCCACUCGAGCACUUUCUCUCACUCGUGGCGGCAGUAGUUCCGACGUGGCACGUGGUUCCCACUCGAGGCUCGAUCCCGGACGUGUCGUUCAAGGUGGAGUGGAAGAGGAAGCUGGCGAUGGGGAGCCCGAAUAGGAAGGUGAACAGACCACGCGCGGCGACGGCGCUUGAGUUGCUGAGGAUUUGCCGAGAGCUGCAGGGGAGGUACGAGGAGGUGGAGGUGCCGUUCCUGAUAGUGCACGGCGGCGAUGACGUAGUAUGCGACCCGGCUUGUGUGAAGGAGUUGCACUCACGCGCCGCUAGUAAGGAUAAGACGCUGAAGAUAUACGAGGGGAUGUGGCAUCAGUUGAUAGGCGAACCCGAUGAAAACGUGGAAUUGGUGUUUGGGGAUAUGAUUGAGUGGCUUCGCAGCCGCGCCUCUGGUGAGAAAGCUAAAAAACGCGCCGCCGUUGAUGGGAGCGCUUAGCUCCGCGCGUUCAGUAACAGUAUAGGUAGAUAGUUGGGAACUGAAUAAAGAAGAACCAAUAGAAAUGUGCCAUGUCAUCUUUGAACAGUGUCUUUACCUCACCUGUAGACGUGUGUAUCUUGAGUAGAGUAUUGGGUAACAGUUGUCAGUUGAUGCUCAUGUCAUUUGUGUGAAGUUAAAAAAAAGAUGCUCAGAUAUUGUAUACCCAAAAAAACAAAAAACAAAAAUGGCUCAGAUAUUUUCGCUUCA